AGUGGUGGUUCUCAAGAGGGUGCUAGGGGUGGCGGAGGUGAACGGUGGCGGGGAGGUCUCCGCGGGCAGACGUUUCAAAGCUAGCCCGACGUAGAGACACGUCGAGACGCCCCUGCCAUCGGGAGCCCCAUCGGUCUACGCUCGGUAGAGGACUCGGUUGAAAAGGUGGAGGGCCCGGGGACACAAGGAGUGAAGGAGGAGCCGUCGAACGGGUCGAAGGACGAGGGAGUCCCCGACGUCGGAACGACGCUGAGCGGCUUACUCGCCGGACUUCCGGCAUUAGCGGGGCCCCAGCGUCUCGCUAAUUCCCUCAGGCAAAAGUUGACCAACAACUCCGGUUACCCCCGGCCCGGCCUGAUGCGCGCCGCUUCAAUCGAGAGCCCACCGUCAUCGUUCCCAAGGUCACCCCGGGUCCCGGACUUGAUCGAGAUUAGUGCAUAUUGAAAUUACGCUCACGAUACAACACGAAAAAAGUAGCAUCAACUACAAAACCGAAACAAACAUAUCCGGGCGUGAAAGUGAGGAUUGAUAAAUUGGAGGAAUAUGGAACACGUAGAAAGAAGGAAAAAAAAUCAAGCGCAUCGUUGAAAAAAUACAAGGAAGAAAGGGAGAAAAAAAUACGCAAAUUCUUAUCGUUAGUUUAUACUGUCAAGGCUGAAUAACCGGUUAAAGAUGGACACGAAAAUACCGAUUCUCAAUAUGGAGAUUAGGGAGGCGAAAGAGAUCGUCUGGGCGAAGCUCCAGGAGCCGCAGUCCCAGAAGAGGCUCGUGCUCGUCAUCGUCUCCGUGGCACUUUUACUCGACAACAUGCUUUACAUGGUAAUAGUGCCGAUAUUACCGGACUAUCUGAAAGCCGUAGGAGCUUUUGAUGACAUGGAUGGGAACGCUGAUCUCAACUACACGGGACCACGAAGCCAUCAGGGCCAGGAUUCGGCAACGGGUGUUUUGUUCGCGUCAAAAGCUAUAGUGCAGCUGAUGGUUAAUCCAUUCUCAGGUGCACUAAUCGAUCGAAUUGGUUACGAAAUUCCUAUGAUGAUAGGAUUGUGCAUACUGUUUUUAUCGACAACUGUAUUCGCUUUCGCUGGCAGUUAUUCAGUUCUCUUUUUCGCUCGAAGUCUGCAAGGCGUUGGUUCAGCGUUUGCCGAUACGUCAGGACUGGCCAUGAUAGCCGAUCGUUACACCGAAGAAAACGAGCGAUCGCAAGCGCUGGGUAUCGCACUAGCAUUCAUAAGUUUCGGUUGUCUCGUGGCGCCGCCUUUUGGAGGCUCGCUUUAUCAGUUCGCCGGCAAGCCAAUGCCAUUCCUGAUCCUAGCGCUCGUCAGUUUGGCAGAUCUUUUCAUGCUUUUCCUCGUGAUGAAACCGUUGAAGGAGCAGCUUACCGAUAGCAGCCAGAAAGAACAGCGUCCGACGAUACCGAUCUGGCGACUGUUCAUCGAUCCUUACAUAGCGGUUUGCGCCGGUGCUCUGAUGAUGUCAAACGUUGCAUUGGCGUUUCUCGAGCCGACCAUCGCACUGUGGAUGGAAGAUAACAUUACGACGGACAAUUGGAAAAUCGGUAUGGUGUGGUUCCCGGCGUUCUUUCCCCACGUAUUCGGCGUUAUAAUAACGGUCAAAAUGGCCAAAAAGUAUCCGCAGCAUCAGUGGCUGAUGGCGGCGCUAGGUCUUGCCUUGGAAGGUUUCUGCUGCUUCAUAGUACCUUUCUCUACUUCGUACACGUUUCUCAUGUUACCGAUAUGCGGGAUAUGCUUUGGUAUAGCCCUCGUCGAUACAGCACUUCUACCUACGCUUGGUUAUCUCGUUGACGUUCGCUAUGUCUCCGUUUACGGGAGUAUUUACGCCAUAGCAGAUAUAUCUUAUAGCGUGGCCUACGCCGUCGGACCGAUAAUAGCCGGCGGGGUCGUCGAUGCCAUUGGUUUUCCCGCGUUGAACAUCGGCAUCGCCUUUUCCAAUCUGCUGUACGCACCGGUAUUGUACUACCUUCGACACAUCUAUGACUUCAAACCGUUCCAGGAUGAGGCAAAUAUCUUGAUGCAGGAUCCACCGGACAAAGAAUAUCAAACUUACGUCCUUCAGGAGCAAAGACCCAUCAGCGGUGACGUUGGUAACCACUUGAAACAAGGAGCGAGAAUGGAAACGAACAUUGAUCAAGAGACGGGCUAUCAAACGAUGCAGGAAUAUGAUCAGUCCUCGGGCUAUAAUCGCAACGCCACAUCGACGGGCUGGGAUCAGUCCACGGCCAAUUACGACCAGCAGCAAACUUACGAGCAGCAAGGAACCGGUGGCUAUGCACACCAGCCUGGAUAUGGACAGCCUCAACAACAGCCAAGUUACGCCAGUCAGCCAACGGGAUACGUGCAGGAAAGGAGCUUCGCUCAGGAGUCCAGAGACCCAAGAGUGUACAAUGCUCCAGCGAGUGAACCCCAAGCUGAUCCAAAUCCUUUUAGGAGACCGCCUCCGCCGGAUGUUGAGCAAAGGUCAACCGGUGGUGACAGCAAUCCCUUCAGACAAGGAAUGUACUAGUGUGUAUCCUCGAGUUAUAAGAUGAAGCGCUAUCGCGCCGAAGCUGUGAUGGACGCCGGGAGGACGACGUACGGGUCUAAGCUUCGAGAUAAUAAUAAGUCUUCGUGUGGCCCAGGCUUCCAUAUAUAGAGUACUUAUAUCUACAUAAAACACACACACGCACACACACACACACACACAUACACACAUACACAUCGAUCGGAUAUUUGCUUCAACGACUCGCAGAAACUGAAAAGUCCGGACGUCAUGGAGCUCUGACAUCACAACCAAGCAGUCUGUGAUCGUGCGGAUUUUUUCGUGUUCCUGUAUUCCGGUGUGUCUACCGUUUGUGCUUGAACCCACGUUCCAUAAAGUGUUACAUCAGUGCGAAUAUAUUUCUGGAGAGUUGCAACGAGAGGGUGAAAUAAAAAAAUAAAAAAAUCAGUGAUGUCGUGCUAACGUUCCAUCGAGCUUUUCGUCCGAGGAUAUGUGUCAAGAAUGUGAUUCAAAAUGGCGGAGUCUGCCGGAAAGUGGAAGUGGUUUAGGGGAAAGGGGUGCUGUUAAACGUCGUUUCCACGGCGAAGAUAAAGGAAGCCGGCGUCUGACGAACGGUAGGUCGCCCAGAUUAGGUGAGAAGACGGAAAACAACGGAUUCGUGCUCUCGAUCUUACAUUCAUGUAAGCGUCCGAGUAUUUGUCUUCGUGAAUUUACGAAAAUGCCCGGGAUAUUGUGAGAGUGAGAAAACGAUCUGAUGAAAAAAUAACUUCUGGAAUCGGAGGGUACCAAUCAGCAUAAACGUACCCCUGGCUUCCGGUAUCGCGACAUACUAUAGCGAUAUUAUUUUGUUCAUUAAUGAUAAAUCUUUCGUUGAUAAGAACGAAAAGAAGAAAAAAACAAACAAAUUAUUUGCUGCUGAACCAGGAUAACAUAUCAGGCUUCGGAAGCCCCGAGUAAAUCCUCACGCAUUAUCGAGUUUUUACCGGGGACUAUACGAAGCCCAAAAAUCUAGUCCGUAAGUCGUUAAGUUUAGAAAAAUAGGUGAUGAAUGAUGAAUGAGUGAACGAGAUGCGAAUUAAGAUCUGUCCGAGCAUCACUAAUUUCAUGUAUAAAGCAUAUAUGCGAGGCAUCUCAUGCCAACUCGUGAAUGAAUUUUGAAAUGGCUUAACUAAUUGAGCUUUAUUCGUUUUUUAUUUGACCGGCUCCUACAAAUCAAUGGCAAGUAGAGAAAUUACGGUUUCUGUAAUAUCGGUACUAACGAAAAUCGUAAUUACCUUUGAGUCAAUCGUUGAAUGAUUUGUUGACGCAAUGCAGUGCCUCUUUUACUGCGUCUUAGCGUUAAACUUUAAAUUUAAUUUCCAAUCAGAUAUAUAUAACGUUAAAACAAAGUUCUUCGAAUUGAAUUUUUGGAGUGUCCGCGAUUGAAUCGCAUAGAAUUUUCCGUUUUAUCCCACAUUGCACAGGCCUUGACACCAGCCAUUUUAGACAGAUUCAAUUUUUGUCUUAAUUCGGGGCAGCGAGUGAUUGGAUUUCGAUACAUGAAAAAAACUAUUUUUCAAAACUUCUGAUGAUCCGAUUCGAUUGAAAUCUUUUCGUAUUCUUUCCUUUGAAAAAUGUUUUAUUCUCGUAUGGUUUAUCAAAAAAUAAAAUUAAAAAGAACUGAGUUAAUGUAUAUGUAAAUUUACACAUGAAACUGGGAGUGCGGAAACUUUGUUUUCCGGAUAAUAAAACAAUGAGGAGAAAAGAAUAGGUGUAUGAUGAACCGAGUAUCACUUGGAUACUUUGGAUUGACGAAUGUGUAAUAUUAUCAUAAAUAAUCAACCUGUGCGGGCUGAUCAGCCAAAGGUAUGAACAUAUCCGUAUUUUUAUGACGAUCCUUUUCUAAUUAAUAAAUACUUGAUUUUAUCACAGUUAGAAGAGCUGCUCUCAAUUGGCAUUGGGAGUGAGUUAACGUUGUAGUAUAUCAAAUACAUAGAAUCGAUAUAUAUAUACAAAUUUGUAAUUAAUUAUUAGUGUUUAUGAAGAUCGACGUAUGCAUGACGACUGUUCCUUUGUCGAAUAAUUUUCUUUAUUUCCGAAUAUAAUUUUUCAAAAUGCAAAGUGUCGCAAAGUGUCGCCGUAAGACUCAAGAUUGCAUUUUUCGAUUUUUUUUUCACGGUUGUGGACAGACGAGUAACACAUAUUUCGUACUUGGAAGGUCCAAAAGUGUUGUACGUUUAAAUGAAGAAACCCCACGAGUCAUGAAAAAUCGUAAAUUAAAUUUGACUCUAUGUAGCGAUGUUGUUCUAGCGGUACACUUCAAUGCUCAUUGUUUGCUGCGAAAUAAUAAAAUAUAUUUAGUAGUUAUUAAGGAAGAACGUUCGAAUAAUUUCAUUUGCAUAAAAAAUCAAGUAUUCGAGUUUUCAGUGUCUGGGCUUUUCGUUCGAAUUGCCUGUUAAAUCAAUGUCACGAAUUAAGAUAAGAAUUGAUAAAUAAAUGUAAAAACGUAAAGAAAAAAAAUGAUCAUGAAAAAGGAAAAGUAUCGCUUUCUCGUUUCAGUGUUGCUCAUUUAAUUGGGUUAACAAAAAUACCAAAAAUUUGGUAAAAAAAACCCGCGCGAAAAUAUAUGCUAAACAAAUGUGGUAUACAGCUAACAAGUAGUAUGAAAAAUACAAUAAAUAUAAUGCUGUUUGAUAGGUUCGUAGCAUAGUUGGAGGAAAGAGACGAUUAUUAUUGUUUUAUUAACUUAUUCGUUUUCAACAUGGAAGAAGUACAGAAGAGCGAUUUUAUAGUGCAAAGCAUGUCGAUCGUGUACGGCGAGUACCGUUCAAUCGAAGUAACGGAAAAAAUACAGAGUAUUAUUUCUGUCGUGCUUUGCCUUCGACUCGAGUAUAUGUACUGCCAUAACUUUUUUCAUACUCUCUAUAUGCUUUUCUUUGAGCUGGCCUCACCGAACGCAAACUCCCUUCGCGGUAGCAAUUCACGAACCAUUAUUUUCGAUUGCUAUUAUAUCGAUGUACCUAACAGUAAAUAGUAUACACAUAUAUAUACGUACGUAUAUAUAUGUAUCUUUAUAUACAUAUUUACAUAUGUAUAUAGAUACAUAUGCAUAAUACGUAGAUAUCUAUACAUGCAUAUACAAGAGAAAAAUGCAUAAAUUGCAUGUAUGAUUAUAAUAUUAAGAUGUAUGACGUUGAAAUUUGUAACGUUGGAGUCCAACGAAACGAUUUGAAAAAACUUUCAAAUAAUUCCAGUAAAUCUCCAAUCUUGUUCCCUGUCAAAUUUUCAAUUCGUAGUUUUUCAAUCCACACCAAUGAUUCGUGAAAUAAAUCAUUUGUGAAUUACAAAUGUAUUGUUCGUUCAUUUCGUUGGACUCGAACGUUGCAAACGUUCAGCCUCGUUAGGGCGUAACCUCGUAGCUAAUUUCGAACUAAUUAAUAUAUCACUUGUAAAUAAUGUAAAAGCCUCUCCUUAUUCCCGUAAUUUUCGUUCCUCUCCCGUUCCCUCAUCCAAAUAUCCGUUUCCUCGUGUCCCAAACACCCGUUAGAAAUUUCUCGCCUACUGUACAAUAUACCGCGUUGUAUACUUGAUACUUAUAGCUCAUAUAUAUUAUGGUUCGUAAUAUAAAAUUAAAACUACUAUUCAUUAUCAUUGAAGAGUCAUUUGGUUGCUUGAAAACAAUAAAUUUCCAUGCAACGAGUCAACUAUUAUUUCAUACAUGGAACGAACGUUCGAGUAUGAAAUUGAAAAUAAUGUGAGGGUGCGUAGUUCAUCCGUAAACGUUCCAUUUUCUCGGAAUUAUAUUGGCGAGGUGCUGAGGGUAAAAUCGUUUUUAUCAUCAUAUUUUAGCAUGAAAGUAUAAAUUUAUAAAAUCACUUGAAGAACCAUAUUAAUGUAGAGAAAGAGAGAAACGGAGAGAGAGAGAGAGAGAGAGAGAAAAUAAUGAAAAAGAAAAAAAUAAUUUCGACACAUAUCGUACGACCCUCGUGCGUGAUACGCCCCUGUCGAUCGUGUCUAUCGUACUUGAUAGAGCUGCGCAAUAAGUUGAAGAAGAAAAAAAUGAAUAACCAUUAUUCGAAUCGUGAGGAGUUUACGUACGAGUGUAGUUCCCGUAUAAACGCACUCACCUGUGCAUAAUACACAGAAAAAUAUAUAUACAUAUAAAUAUAACACGCGAGAACAACAACACGACAUAUACAUGACAAACAUACAAACACAGACAAAAAUAGUACAUGCGUAUAAGACGUGAAAAAGGAAUGAAAAAAAAUCGCAUUAAAAAAAAAAAAAACACUCGCAAGGGCAUCUAUACACAUGUAUAUGUAUGUAUAUUUAAUGGAGAAAAAAGGAAAGUAAUACGAAGUAUCGAAUUGCGUAUGUAUUGAAACAAAAAAAAAACCUAUGAACACUGUAAUGUCGUUGAACUGGUUAUUAAAGAUGUCAUUGUUACCGAA